UGCAGUCCGAUAAUGAUUUCAUCGAUUAUGUCGAUUGUUUGUGCGUCGAUUGUUCUGCAGUGUGAUUUUCUCUAAUUUCCGUAAAAGAUUAAUUUAAAAACCAAGUCAUGGAUGCGGGACGACCGUGCCUAUUGUGCCAGGACAACCUGGCGGUUGGCAUUAAGCUCGAAAAUGAAGUGAUCGAAAAUUCAAAGGAACUACUGGAAAAGCUGGUCGUGUGGUACAACAUUGAUGCUUGCAUUUUGGGGAAAAAGUCUUGCAUAUGUGAGCCUUGUUUAGGACAUGUGCUCGACAUGAGCGCAACACUCCGGCGUUGGACCGCAGCGCAAUCAAAGACGGCCCCAUCUGAAACCUUUGAAAUUACGAUUAAGGAGGAAAACCCCCUGGAAAUAGAUGGUUGGGAGAACAUUGAAUUGAUGCCCGAACAGACUCUUCCUGUUUCCCCAGUAUUGGAAGAAAAGAAGGAGCUUUUGGCAAUCGUUUCAACAAAAGCUGCCACCGUAAAACCAUCCACUGAAAACUUCGCCAUUGCAGUACGGUACGAUGGUCUUAUAUUGGCCAAAUUUUACAGGAACAGUACCACGGCGACCAAAAUUAUUUGCACCUGUUGCAACGUCGAGUUGAGUAUCAUUUCCCACAUUCGAACGCACAGCUUAAUGACUCGUGCAGAUCCCCGCUACAUUUGUCGGAGGUGUGACAAAACAUUUAACAGUCCGAAAAAGUUAAAGGAUCACGAGAAGACCCAGAAGCACAACACCAUCUGGAGUCGUUCAAAGGGCUUUGACUUUCGUUGUGUGGAAUGUGGGAAAGUCUUCGAUCGCUACCAUGGGGUCGUACAACACGCCUCUUUCAUGCACAUCACCAAUAGGUUCUACUGCACCUUUUCCAAGUGUUCGUAUACCUUCGAUAACAAGGCGGAAUUGGACAAGCAUUUGAAAUCACACGAAGUGCCGGUAUAUCAUGCCUCACCAUUGUAUGUGUGCCAUUUGCCCGACUGUGGCCAGUCGUACUACCUGGAGACUCACUACAACAAGCAUAUGAAGACCUUUCACGGAAUGUACGUGUGCCCACAUCCCGGUUGCGGCGAAGCUAUCAGCCUUUCCAGCCAAGCCCAGCACGCUCAGCUUCACUCAAAAGACCAGAAUGGGAAGAACCCUUCUAAGCAGGGUGAGUUUCUGACGAUAGAGAAUUCGUUUCAGCGGAAACGUAGAUACUCAUAUUCUCCGCCCAAUGACAAUAAUAGGGGCCACUUCAUAAGCCUACCAAAGCAGCUAACAUUAAAAUAAAAAUGUUUAAUUGUAAGAAAAUAAUCAUUAUCCUAAAUACGCUCAUAUGUACAUAUAUAUUUGUGAAAUAUAUAUUUAUUCGGUUGAAAAAAAUAAAAGAGAAGUGAUGUAAUCAUCGACGUACCGGCGAUGAUUUAAAAUCGAAAACAUAGAUGGUCCCCACUAAGAACCAAAUGAACUAGUUCUUGUCAAUUUUAAGUAGUUACUAAGUAGACGGAUAAUGCCCGCGAUUAAAAAAUGAAUAUAAAUGAAGCUAGACACGGCUAUCCACUUUUGCUUACCAAAUGUCUGAGGAAGAAGACGAAAAAUAAAAAAAGUGAUCAUUAAAACUUGAUACAUCAAUUUAUUGCCGGAAUUUUGGGUGGGGAGGGGGCAGGGAAAAUAUUGGGGAAUAUAUUAUGCCACAAAUAAGUUACUUGAUUUGAUAAUCUUUACGUUACAAUUGUUCUUGAUUGGAGAUUUAAGUUUGUUUUAUAUUUUCUUGGUUUUGGUUUAAAGUCUACAAAUUGGGUUUUUGAUAUCGUAUGAUUUAUAAGGAAGUGCUGGCACCAGAAUAGAUUUGUAGCAAACGGAUGGUUAUCCUUCACGGGGAUUUCUCUUACUAAGUUCCAGUUCACUCUGCCAAUCUAUUCAGGUCUGGAGUCUAGGACGCACCUUAAGUUCUCGUUUUGGACGUGUUGAUAGUGGUUCUUUGUUCACUUUUUCGGAUAAAAUGGUCUAAAAUGCAUAACAAUUUCAGUUUAGAGCGAGUCCUCGAUUUUUCUUUAGGCUUAAUGGUGGCGCGUCCAUCACCACUCGCAUUAAUUAACUUUUGUUUAUCCAGGGUCCCAUUCAUGAUGGUUACAUAUUGCUAUGGUAUGGGUAUGCUUGUUCAAAAAA